CUCAUCGUCGGGACUCCACUCCGCACUCUCGACUCCGCCAGUGUAGCGAGCACUCAACAACUCGGUGAAUCGGGGAAAAAAAUAGAGAGUAACACUCGUGUUCCGCCAUCGGCCAUUGUCUCUGACAUGGAAGCCCAGCAAAAUGGCAGAAGUUGUGCAGAUGUUUUUGUUCCUAUAUAAAUCAAAGUAUCGACGAAAAGUGCCGGAUCGCGAUGAUAAAUUAGUGUACAAUGUUCCGUACGCGUUGCUAUGGGCUGUGAUAGUUUGGGCGGCGUUGUUGAAAGGUGCCGCAACAGCAUCAUCCGCCCCAGAAGCUACAUGCGAUCUCGACAAUUGUGUCAACGGUGACUGUGUCAAUGGUAGCUGUCUGUGUCACGACGGCUGGCAGGGACCAGCCUGUCAAUACUGCAGCGGUAAAGUCAGACUGACAGCACCAUCCGGUAGCAUCCACGAUGGUACUGGAAAUUACACGACAGACGUUAAAUGUUCGUGGCUGAUCGAGAGCACCCCGAAUUCCUCCAUACGUAUGCAUAUCGAGGAAUUUGCGACAGAAUGCGGGUGGGAUCAUUUAUAUGUAUACGAUGGGGACAGCGUGGAGGCACCAUUGUUGGGUGUAUUUACGGGACUUAUGCACAAGGACGGAUAUCACAUACGGCGUGUGCCCGAGGUGAUUGCACGCUCCGGCAGUGUCUUCCUACAUUUUUACUCGGAUGUUGCUUAUAACAUGAGUGGAUUCAACAUAACGUACAAGAUAAACGCAUGUCCUAGCAGAUACUCCCACAUAGACUGUUCUGGUCACGGUGUAUGCACCGAGGGUGCAUGUACCUGUGACGCGACAUGGACAGGCGAGGCGUGUGACGCAUCAGUGUGCCCAAACAAUUGCUCCCACCACCACGACCAGGGUAUUUGCAAUGGAGAGAGCCACCAGUGCGACUGUGCCCCGGGGUACAAGGGCUCAGAUUGCAGCCAGCGAGUAGAGCGAGGCUACUGGGAGACUAUUCCCUACAAGGACUUCUCCCCAGAGGGUUCAGCAAGCCACUGCUCAAUCGUCUGGCACGACUCGCUCUACAUCGUCGGUGGUGAGAGCUUCCACCGUUCGAAGAUGAUAUACGUCUAUGACUUCACUGGCAACGUCUGGGAGACACCUCACAUCGAGGGAUUGCGUCCACUGCCCCGUUACUCCCACUCAUGCGUUCUAUUCGGGGAUAAGAUCUACAUGUACGGUGGUGUUAUUGAAAAUUCCACAGUGACAAAUGAAUUAUGGGCGUUCGACAUAUCAUCCAAAGUCUGGGAGAACGUUACUGUGCGCCACCAGUGCAACAACAGAACAAUGUGUGGACCCCUCAGAGUUGCCGGCCACACAGCCAACCUGGUGCACACACACGACAAAAAUGUUAAAAUGGUGGUAAUAUUCGGUCAUUCUCCUCAAUAUGGUUACCUGAAUACCGUUCAGGAGUAUUAUUUUGGCACAAGGGAGUGGAGAAUAGUGGAUUCCACUGGAUUUCCCAUAAAGGGUGGCUAUGGGCACAGCGCUGCCCACGAUCCACUGACAAAUUACAUAUACGUAUACGGUGGCUACGUAUCAGAGUCUCAGAAUAAUCAGGCAUUAACCAAUCGCAUGUACUCGUAUCAUCCCAAUACGCGUGUCUGGCGUCUUCUCACAUCAGCCCCCUCGGCACGUUUCUUUCACACUGGUGUCUUCGUAUCUGAUGGCAUUAUGCUGAUAUUCGGUGGUAAUACCCACAACGAUACAAUCCACUCGCACGGUGCACGUUGUUAUUCAGCCGAUACAAUAGCUUACGAUGUGACAUGUGACUCGUGGCAUCAAUUUCCGAUGCCACGUGAGAUGUCCGAUUUGCCAAGGUAUGGUCACAGCGCAACAAUAUUCGGACAGUCAAUGUACAUAUAUGGGGGGUUUGAUGGGCAAAUGCUGUCGGAUAUGUUGAUUUAUACGCCAGGGAGUUGUGAGCAUUUAACGUCACAGAGCCAGUGUUUGAUAGCUAGAACUGGACUCAAGUGUGUCUGGGACAAGAGGCAGGAUCGUUGUGUACAGAUAACGAGGAGUUUGCGGCAGAAGUUGUGGCAGAGUGAUAAUAUCCACGAUUCUACCUAUAUGAAAUGUGUGGAUGAUAGUCAACCCAGGGGAAUGACUUCCCACAAGGAGCUUUGUAAAUUGAUAACCGAUUGUGCAGCCUGUGUGCAGACGUCUUAUGACUGCGUCUGGUGCAACAUGAAGGGCUGCGCUCAUGAGGUUUGUGGACGUACACCAAGUGCACCUCCACUCACUGGGAUUACGAGUUUGGAUCAGUGUGAGACUCACACUGGAAUUGAGUGUGGUCAAUUGCACACUUGUCAUGCCUGCUCGAAUAAUCAGGAUUGUGUGUGGUCGUGGCCCAAUGGCCCUUGCAAGCAGAUAACUAAGAUCAGGGAUAUCAGUUUUGCCAAUAGCACUGCUAUUCAGGCCCAGAGACUGACCAUGGACUCCUGUAGAAGUCCCUGUGUUAAUUACAAACACUGCAGCAAUUGCACAGAGAAUGAUUGCAUAUGGUGUCAGAAUGAGGGAAAGUGCGUUGAUAAAAAUGCAUAUCCAGUGAGUUUUCCUUAUGGUCAGUGCAGGGAAUGGACGACCAAUGGGGCGAAGUGCAGAGCCACUGAGACUGGCAAGGAGUGGUGCAGUUUUUAUUCGUCGUGUGUUAACUGUCGGUCUGACCCUGAGUGCGGAUGGUGUGAUGAUGGCUCAAAAACUGGCAAGGGGGUUUGUAUGCCCGGGGGAUCGAGAGGACCCAAUUCCAGGACGGGGGGCUUUUGUCCAGUUGAUCGGUGGUUCUUCACCAAUUGUCCUGCCUGCCAGUGUAAUGGCCAUAGCACGUGCUAUGGGAAUAGCAGUGACUGCAUCAAACCAUGCGGGAAUUUGACGAGGGGGGCACACUGUGAUAAGUGCAUUCCUGGGUACUUUGGUAGCCCUUUGAAUGGGGCUACGUGCCAGCCAUGCUCUUGUAAUAAUCAGGGGACUGAGUGCACCAGUGAAACUGGCAAGUGCUUCUGCACCACCAAGGGCAUUAUUGGGGAUAACUGCGAACGGUGUGAUGUUUCUAGUCUCUACCAUGGCGAUCCAACUAAGGGGUCAUGCUUUUACGAUUUGGCAAUCGACUACCAGUUCACAUUCAACCUAAGCAAAAAAGAGGAUCGCCAUUACAGAGCAAUAAAUUUCAAGAAUUCCCCAUCGAAACCAGACGUCGACGCUGAAUUUUCAAUAAUGUGCUCUGUACUGGCGAAAAUGAAUAUAACAAUAAAGAAAGCCAAUAGUCCCGAGAAACCACUCCUGCUUGGUGCCAAUUGUACGACGUAUAAGCAUCGUUUUAGUAAGGCUGACUAUAAUUUUGGAAGUGAGGAUAACACAACAUUGACAACAUUCUACGUAUACGUUUAUGAUUUUCAACCGCCUCUCUGGAUACAAAUAUCAUUCUCCCAGUACUCGAAACUCAAUCUCCAGCAAUUUUUCAUCACAUUCUCCACAGAUUACAUCACAACGCACAGGUGCUUCCUUGCUCUUCUGCUGGUGGCUGCCAUAUUAUGGAAAAUAAAGCAGAAAUAUGACAUGUAUCGGAGACGUCAGAGACUCUUCGUCGAGAUGCAACAGAUGGCUAACCGUGCCUUCAGCCAAGUCUUGGUGGAGAUUGAGAGACGUGAUAUUCCACCGGAUAUUGAGAGAAACGAUGCAGAGACCAAUAACGGCAGGAAGAAGAAAAAGGAUGCUCCAAGUCCAAUAGCCCUGGAGCCAUGCAGUGGCAACAGAGCAGCUGUUUUAUCGUUGCUAGUCAGACUACCAACGGGUGGUGAGCCUUACACACCAGCAGGUCAGAGCGCUGGUCUAGCAGUAGCAUCUGCACUAGUCACCCUGGGUAGUCCAAGAAGGCCUUCCCAAGAACUGACAACAAAGGAGCCCAAGAAAUCACGUAAAUCCGCCAGUCAACAUCCCGACUCAACCUGCAUCUAGCAAUGGAUGAAGGUAAUCACUUUUAUCUCCACCAUUUGUGCUUUCAUAUGUAUUUCAAUAUGAUUUUAUUAUUUUUUAAUUAUCGAGAGCAACUGACGUGACCUACUCAUUCGAAUCAAUGCCCAUUUGUUUUUUAAUCGCGAAUGAUGUUUAUUAUUUCAUCAUUUUCUCCUUCCUUAUUUUCAUGCGAUGAAUGAAAAUUAUGUAAUCUUGGCAAUGAACUUCCGAGCUUCUUUUUUAGUGGAAAGAUCAACCUAUUCCACAAGUCGAAUGAAAUGAUUUUUUUUUCAAUGAUCAUUUUUUAAUCUAUGACUGAAUCGAUAAUUUUUCAGUGUAAAUCACCAUAUUUUUUAUGCUAUUCACGUGUAAUUCAUGGCUAUAAUCGAUUAAUUUGUCCUGCCCUUGAAUAUGUAUGAUUGCAGAUUGUCAUUCUGCUGCGUUAACAAUUUUUCUUUUAUUCUCUUUCCUCAAUUUAACGAUUUAACGAGUUUUGACGUGGACUGGAUAAGGCUGAUUAUCUAGACUGCUUUGAAAAUGGCCCGCCUUAAAAACAAAUGGCUACUUACGGUGUAAAUGCUCUCUCCCACGUACAAUAUUGUAAAUAAGCCUACGUGUACCGUUUUUGAAUGUGCUGAUUUAAUGCAGCAAUUUGUUGAAACUCGAUGGUGAUAAUCAAAAACAGAGAAUAGAAGAAAAAAUGGUUGGGAGUUGAGAAUUGGGAGGAAUUGUACAGUUAUGAGAGGAAAUAACGAAUCAGAGUGAUUAAUUCAUUUUAUUUCGUGGUAUGCUUGGUGGCAUGUAAGUGUGAAAGUAACGAAUGUAUUAACCUUGAUUUAUUUUCAAUGUUUUCGAACGCUAGAGCACGAUAAAUAUUUCAAUUCUAAACCAAGGGACUUAAAUAAUAGGGAGACAGUGAGGGCCUUGCAUUUAAUAAUAAGCUUGUCUUAGUAUUUCAUUUUCCUUUUGCCCCUCGAACAAAUAUUAGGAUAGAAUUUUAAUGCAAUUGAACGCUUUAUUUUCACUCAGCGUUCAUUGUACGAAAGUAUGUCAUUUACCAAAAAAAUGAGAAUUAAAAUUGUUUUUAUUGAGUUAUGUAUUAUUUAAAUCAUUUUCACAAAAUUAUCGUCGGAUUUACUUGUUUAUCAGCUCGUCUUGUCAAUGACAUUAACGAAUUUGAAUAAUGAUAAUUACUCAAUGUAGGAUAAGUAAAGAUGCAUUUUUUUUUUCAAAAGUUUAAUACUUGUACUUUUUAUAACGCGAUGUAUUGUGCAGAGUGAGCAGAUUGUAAAAUAAAUUAUUCUUAAAAUUAUUGAAUUCAUUACAACGCUAGAGCAUCAUUUUUUAUUCCUCAUUCAUUAAAAUUUCCAUAUUCAUGUCUGGCUAAAAUUUUCAAAUAGAACCAAAAUUGUCAUUAAUUCAUAAUGGCAACUCGAAUUAGUGUAAGAAUAGAGCAGUAAAUUAUUUCAAUUAGUCUUCUCUGGCAGUGUAUAAAAAUAUAUCUAAAUAAAGCAUCGAAUUUCGUCCAGUGACUGGACACAUAGUCGUCAGAAUUUGGGACUUUCUUCUUUGAUGCAAAGAAGAAACCCCCAAUUAUGUCAGAGUCCCAAUGCGAUACCAUUAAAAUAAAUACAAUAACAAUGAUGACAAUGUUUUCCACGUCAAUUUUAUUUUUAGAAAAAAGAUACUGUGUUAGCUCUGAAAUUAUAGAAUGGUUUUCCUCGCGAAUGCAAUUAGUUAUUUAAUUGAGAUAAAUUUAACACGCGAGGAAAGAAUGUUAAGCCGGUCUGGAGGGUAGUACCAAGAAACACAAGUAGUAAAGUAAGACAAGUUGAAUUUUUCCCUUUUCUCAACUAUCGAGGAAUCUAAUAAGACUGUUGAUUUCAGAAAGAAAUAUCAAAAAAUGUUUUUUUCGUAAACUCAAUCAAAGUCAACAGUUUUCGAGAUGAAUCGAUAAUAAAUGAAAGGCUAAAUUCAAUUCAUUUCGCCUUCUUACUUCACUGCUGAAUUAUCAAUUAGAAACGACCAUCAAUCACUUACGUAAUUAGCAAUGCCAGGUUUUGCAACCCCAAUUUUAGUCGUCUCAUCAAGAUUGACGUACGUCACCAUAUUAUUUGGCGCAUUGAAUCAUUUAUGCAUAUGCACGUACGCAGAACACAUCCCUGAUCAUAAGAUAUCCAAGAAAAGAAUAAAAAAAAAUGCAAAAAAAAUAUAUAUUGAACAUAUAUUUUCAUUCAAUUAUGUAUUCAGCUCGAUCUAGUCUAUAAUGAUGAACAAAAUGAGUGAUUGAAGUACGUAUGUGAAAGAAUUGGUACAGAAGUGGAAAGAGGGGCGUAGAAUUAGAUGAGACAUGAAGGACGAAUUGGCAGGAGGGGAGAAGGAAAAAUGACGUAUCUGGCCAGUCCCGUUGAAAUCGAAGGGUGUCAAUGUCAUGAUUUUGGGAAUUAGAGUGGCUAAAUACUGCGGAGCCAAAUUGAUUAAGGGGCGGAUGUUCAAUGCAGCUCAAACAUUAAAAAGACUGGCGAAUUGUUCCAAUAAACGUUAUUAAAUUGACAGGAAAAGAUGAUUGAACUGAAUAAUUAAAAACUCAGCCAUAUUUUUGUCCCAGAUUGUAUAGAUACUGAGUGAGUGUAAAUUUCAUUCGAGUAUGAUUCCGUGUGACUGAUAAAUAUGUAUUAUAAAUGCAGAUAUUGUUUAAAUAAAAAUUGAUAUAUUAAA